AUAUUGGGGAUUUCUUCUGCUCACCAUAACAAACAAUCAUUUUCUCACCAUAACGAAGAAGGAGAAACAGAGAAACGAGAAUGAGGUUCCUCGUCGGCUUCACUGUUUUACUUACCUCCGUCAUCGCUCUCUUAAUCUACGGCGCCACUUCACCGGCGAAUCUUACCGGCGACGAUUUCAAGUUCCCUGCCCCUUCUAUCAUCCGCGUCUUCUUCAACGGCGCCAGUUCACCGGCGAAUCUUACCGAUCGAACAUACUCGCUCCACUACGACUACUACUGUGAAUCUUGCCCCAGCGUUACCGCUCCUUCUAUCAUCCGCGUCUUCUUCACUCUUACCGGCGAUGAUUUCAACUUCCCUGCUCCGUCUAUCAUCCGCGUCUUCUUCAACGGCGCCAGUUCACCGGCGAAUCUUACCGGCGAUGAUUUCAAGUUCCCUGCUCCGUCUACCAUCCGCGUCUUCUUCAACGGCGCCAGUUCACCGGCGAAUCUUACCGAUCGAGCUUUCUCGCUCCACUACGACUACUACCGUGAUUCUUGCCCCAGCGUUACCGCUCCGUCGAUCAUCCGCGUCCUCUUCUCCGAUUGCUUCAUUGAGGGAUUCGCAGAUGAAACACUCUCUACUGAGAACAAUGCAUCUCCAAACCUUUCCUUGAAAGGGUUUGAUGUUAUUGACGCCAUUAAGUCUGAGCGGGAGUAUGUUUCUCCUGGAGGUCUUUCCUGUGCCGAGCUUCCUGUCUUUCUCGAGCUUCCUCUCUUCCCUGCUAGAGAAGCCGCCCUAGUGGCUGGUACUCGAGUAUAUCGUCUGGUGACUGUAAGAAAAUUCAGUGCAGUGGCCUUCAAGCUUCCUGCACCACAGGCUACUCUCUCUCUCCUUCUUGCAAGUGCUGCUUCCAGAGUAUUCAGCGAGAGAGAAACCGUCAUUUUAUCCGGUGCUCACAGCUUAGGCAUUAAGCACUGCACUUUUUUUGAGAACAGCCUCUACAACUUCUCAGGAACCGGGAAGCCUGACACUGAGCUAGCGGAUGCUUGUCUAGGAGUUGUUUCCUGUUCCAGCCUUGUCCUGGGUGCUAGAGAAGCCGGCCUUCUGGGAUUCGCAGAUGAAACACUUGCUACUGAGAGCAAAUCAUCUCCAAACCUUUCCUUGAAAGGGUUUGAUGUUAUUGACGCCAUUAAGUCUGAGCGGGAGUAUGUUUCUCCUGGAGGUCUUUACUGUGCCGAGCCUCCUGUCUUUUUCGAGCCUCCUGUCUUUCGCAAGUUUCCUCGCUUCCCUGCUAGAGAAGCCGCCCUAGUGGCUGAUCCUCGAGCAUAUCCUCUGGUGACUGUAAGGAAAAAACAUGUUGAUUGUUUCGGCUGUGUUAGCUGCAUCGGUUUUGGGGCUGUGUUAGCUGCAUCGGGAAUGCUGGGAGUAGGAUAUGUUUGGAUCAAAUUUCAGAUCAGGGAUUUGCGUGAAGAAAUGAGAGCUGGUUUUGCACAAGUGGCCGAUAGAGGUGAUCAACAGUUGAUUUUGGACAUUCUGUCUCAUAUCUCUUCACAAAUUGGUGUAGACGUCCAACAUUUGGCGGGUGGAGGCGGUGACGUCCAGCCUGUGGCGCAUGGAGGCGGUGACGUCCAGCCUGUGGCGCAUGGAGGCGGUGACGUCCAGCCUGUGGCGCAUGGAGGCGGUGACGUCCAGCCUGUGGCGCAUGGAGGCCGUAUCUUGACUAUUACCCAGGGAAUAAGAUCUGUCUUACCAGAAUCUUCGGUCGUCAGCAUUAGCGACUUAUAUGUUACGCAAGGUUUCGCCCGAUCCAUGCUUCUGCGUAAACCCAUUUCAGAAACUGCAGAAUUACGCAAGACUUUUGCGGACUACUCCUUAAUUUCUCGAGAUUUAGGUCCAAAGAUUCUGAUAGGAGCCAACGAUAAGGACAAUUUCAGAAAAGAGAAAGAUCGUGUAGGUAGUAGAUACAGAGUCCAAGGAGCCUUCCCGGGUCUGUAUGAGCUCGGUCAUGACCAUGGCCGAAAAGAUGAUGUUCUUGUGGCUAAUCUUGGUCAACCUGAAAGCAUUAGAUCUCGGCUCCGUGGCAACCGAACUGAAGAGAAGAAGUAUGAUUCUGCAGAAGAGAGAGAGAAGAUGGUACUACUUGCACUACAAUUCCAAUCAAAGGAAGAAAGAGAUGCGCAGAGCAAAGGGAAGAAGCUUUCACGUGUUUCCCCCGAAAAUCACAUACCGUGUGAAGUUCCCACCGCAAGAGAAUCCAAAGAAACUGAGGAUACAUGUGGAGUGAUUUUACCUGAUAUGGUACGUUGCAGAAGAAAACCUGUUUCAAGGAGAAAACGAUGCGAGGAUCACAAGGGAAUGAGAGUUAACGCCUUCUUCUUUCUGCUGAACCCAACAGAACGUGAUAAAGCAGUCAAAGAGGAUAAAUCCAAAUCCAAGAGGCAUGAACCAAGAGGGUUCAAGUCCGGGUUUUUUUUUUCUGUGAAGCUACAACAAAGAAUGGUUUGCCUUGUACGAGAAGUGCUCCUGAAGGGAGCAGAAGAUGUUGGCAGCACAAAGAUAAAACGUUGAACCACGGAUCAUCCGAAAAUGGUAAAAUCUGUUUAUUUACCGUAUCAUACUUUAACUCUAGAUAAUAAGGUUGUAUGAAUUAACUAAGUAGGUGCAAGUUAAUCGAACCGAAUAUGCAUUUCUGUAAGAAGCAGCUUCAUUGUUCUCCAUCAAUGUCUCGGUAAUAAACUUUGUUGCUUUCU